AUGGCGGAUCUGUUGCAGUGGGCGACGCAGACGUACGAGACGCGGGAGCAACUGGUCGCGGACGGCGUGUGGGGCGGCGAGCUGUACUAUGUUCCCGGGUCUGGUGCGCAGGUGGUAAGGCCGCUGGGUGCGCACGCGAGAGGGUGGAUCUGGCGGACGCUGCUGCUGCCCUCUGGUGGGGACGAGUUUGACGAAGGUGUUCGCAUCCCGGAACUUGUCUCCGUGCCCAUCGUAUCGGCAAAGACACGCGAGCACGAGCAUGAGCGCCCACAGAGCGAACACCACAAGCAUCAAAAGCUGUUGAGCCACAGCCCGCUGUGGACAGUCACUAAUGGGAUCAGGAAGCUGACCCCACGGGAAACCACCCGGCACCCACUGCAUGAUGAGCCACGUAGUGGUGCUGGACUUUCUGACAGAGAGGGCAUGGAUCUGGAGGAGACGCUGGACAUCCUGGAUCUCGAUUUGUCCCGACUCAUGAUAGACGAUAUAUUCAGGACGCCACAGGUACACGCGCAGAUGAGGCAGAUCUUAUUCAAUUACCUUGUCCAGUCGCCACCUAGGGACAGUGCACACCACCGUGCCGAUAGCAUUGAUUCACCGCUAAGUGAGAGAAGGUUCUACUACAAGCAGGGGUUCCAUGAGAUCCUUGGGCUCGUGUACUUGCAGAUGUACGAAACGGAGGGCGGCAUCCAGGAGCGGUCAAUGCAGAACAUCCUGUUCAUGUACACGAAACUCAUGGACCAGUUGGCCCCCGCUUUCUACAGGGAGGACUCGCUGAUUAAGUGGGAGAGUGGCACUCUGAGUAAGAUGCUGCAAAUGUGUUCGCCCAACCUGUUCAAGAUCUUCUACCAUGAACAGGCGCACCAAAACACAAUAUGGCUAAUCCGUUGGACGCGGCUGCUGUUUUUAAGGGAACUCCCCAGGGAAACGGUACUUGUCAUCUGGGACCACAUUUUCACGUUCUCAUACCCGCUGAAGACUUUCGUCGCGAGUCUUGUCGUUUCAGUGAUACUGCCUCUAUACAAGACUUUUAUCGUCGGGAUGGAACCGGACGAACUCGUGGAGAUAAUGCUGCAUAUCGGUGAAAACCCACUGGUCAGGGACAGGGACCCCGUACAACUGUGCAAAUUGGCUGGGGAUAUGUGCCAAUUGUGGCAUGUAGGCAAUUUCAGCGGCUUGAAGUCAUUGGUGGAUCGAUACUUGGAGAGUCUCGACCCGAACAGAAGAAGACUCGAGGAAAAACUGAGAGUCAGAGUGAAGAGGAAUAUCAGGACUUGA